GCAACCUUAACUAUCCACAAGUAAGGUGCAAAGUCAAAUUACAUUUCCCGGCAUUUUUGUGAUGGUCUGCCGGUGAAAUUGUGAAUUAAGGACGCCAUUUCAACGUAACAUAUUUCUUAAAUUCAAUGUACUAAACAAUUCAAGUAAAUAUGUCUGAACAAGCAAAUGUCCCUGAAAAUACUGCAUCAAGUCGAGAAGAUCCGGAAGUCGUAACAUUAACAUUAAAUGAGGUAUUGGAGUUAGAAGAUGAGUUAAUCGCAAAUGCUGCAGCAGUUUUAGGAGCUGCUAAUGAUAAAGCAUGCUCUUACGCCGAGGGUUAUUUAAAACGGCAAGCUUUGUACUCUUGCCUAACUUGCAUUCCAGAAGCUAAAGAUGACCCAGAGAAAGGGGCUGGUGUUUGUCUGGCGUGCAGUUUUCAUUGUCACGAUGGGCACGACCUCAUUGAGUUGUACACCAAAAGAAAUUUUCGCUGUGAUUGUGGAAAUAGCAAAUUUUCCCAAGUUGAGCUGAAAUGCACUUUACAAGAGGAUAAGAAUGAUUUCAAUGAUUUGAAUGUCUACAAUCAGAAUUUUUCUGGUACUUAUUGUGUUUGUCAUCGUCCAUUUCCUGAUCCAGAAGAUCCAGUACCUGAUGAGAUGAUUCAGUGUAUCAUUUGUGAAGAUUGGUAUCAUUCUCGGCAUUUAGGUAUAGAAGUUCCAAGCAAUUUUGCAGAAAUGACAUGUGAGCAAUGUGUUACAAAACAUGAAUUUCUUUUACACUAUGAUGGUCUCACAACAAAUGCUGUUUGUAAAACAAGUGAAGACGGAAGUGUAGAUGUAACAACCACAAGUUGUGAAGAAGAAAAGGCAUCUGAGAUGUCUUGUGAAGACAACAAGAAUGCUUGUAAGAAACCAAUAAAAAAGGCAGAUCGAGCUACUGCCAAAUUCUGGGCUGAGCAUGCAUGGAGGAAGCAGCUAUGCACAUGCGAUGACUGUCUUAAAAUGUAUGAAAAUGAGGAUGCAGCUUUUCUAUUAGAUCAAGAAGAUCCUGUUCAUCUGUAUGAAGAAAAGGGCAAAGCAAAAGCUAAUCAAGUGGUUGAAGAUCAGAAUAAGAAAGUAAUGAAUUCUAUGGACAGAGUCCAGCUGAUUGAAAUGAUUGCUGGUUACAAUGAAUUGAAAGAAAAUUUGGGAACGUUUUUGAAAAAAUUUGCAGAAAAUAAGAAAAUUGUGAGAGAAGAAGAUAUUAAGGAAUUUUUUGAAGGAAUGGAAGCUCGCAAGAAGCGUAAAGUUGAAAUUCAGCAUUUCUGCAGAUAAGAUCUGAUCCACCAACUUAAGGGGUUUCACUCUGUAGUUGUCUUCUUAAAUUUAUGUAUUUAUCGGUAUUAAAAAUAAAAUAUGCUUUCCAAAACAA